AUUCAAGUUUUAGAACUUUAAGAACCAUUACAACUAACAAAACCGGAAAUCUAAAUACUUAUCUAAAUUUUCUCACCUUUCAGAAAGUCGUAAACAAACUUCCAAAAAAUGGAGAAGCACGCAUACGUUACGUAUGCACGCAAUUCCAAAGACGUAGAGGACGCUUUAAUUCUCUUGAAAUCUAUUAAAGGAACGAAGAGCUUUAAACCGGUGAUGAUUCUGCUGGACUCUGAAAAUUGUGGACAUGAUUCUUGGAACAAAUUGGCUAUCGCAUUUGACAGAGUUGUUAAGUUCAGGAUUAAUGGCGACUACGACGUUGAUGACUUUAGAUGUCAACUCUUUCUAACCUGCACCACGCUUGUGGACUUUGAUCGGAUCUGCUUAGUAGAUCCAGACGCAGUGGUUCUUAAAAAUGUGGAUGACAUUUUUGCUCUCGAUUCUACUAAAUCGAUAUUCGGGAAUGGCAUAAUUGUAUUGACACCGGGCGUGACAGCUCAUCAAGAUUUACUGAACUAUCUUAACGGUACGGGAAGCGAAAAAACAUUGGAUCAAUUAAAACUUAUGCUACUAGCCGAUUCUAAGGCUACGCUGUUGGACAAAAAAUUUAUCAUUUGCUUCGAUAAGGAUGAAAAUGACACCAUUCAAGCACCAAAAAUAACAUAUCAAGGAGGCCAUGACACAUCGGAGUUGAAACCCUUUAACGAUAUUUUACAGUAUCGAAAUAAACUGAAACACUUGGAAUACUCCAAGCCCAAAAACGCUAACGAACCAGUCGCAAUAAUCGGUAUGUCUUGUCGCCUACCCGGCUCCAACAAUGUGUCAGAAUACUGGAAAACCCUUGUGGACAAGAAAUGCGUCAUAACUCCCCCUCCUGACUGGCGCUGGACUCAGGCUCACAUCGGUGACCAGGACCGAGGGAAAGCCGAAUGUGGUUUCCUACCCUGCCCAAUUGAUCAAUUUGACAGCUCCUUUUUCGAAAUGAGUCCAGCUGAAUGCAAUUUCACCGAUCCACAACAACUUCUAAGUCUUGAAGUAUCCUGGGAAGCUUUAGAGGACGCCGGCAUCAACCCGCAAACCAUCCAUGGCACAAGUACCGGAAUCUACGUCGGAUCCUAUGGGCAAGACUAUAGGGAGCUACUUCAAAAACUUGCUCCCCCUUCUACCGGCGGGCUACGAUGGUAUAUGGGUACCGCCCUAGCCGCUGCAGCUGCACGACAAGCCCAUAUUUACAAAACCAAAGGUCCCACUAUUGCGGCUGAAGCGGCAUGUUCGUCAUCCUCCUUGGCUAUCGGUCAAGCAGUACAGGACCUUCGCCUUGGCGCAUGUAACCUUGCUAUUGCCUCGGGUACAAAUCUCUUGCUUCAGCCGUAUUUCCAAAAUGAUGUCGUUCUGUCGAAGGAUUUCCGAUGUAAAACAUUUUGCACCAAUGCUAACGGCUUUGUAAGAGCGGAAGGUGUCGCAUCUCUAAUUUUAAAAAAGCUCAGCGACGCGGUGAGGGAUGGGGAUAGGAUUUAUUCCGUAAUACUAGGAUUCGGAAUGGUACAGGAGGGUGCGAGCAAAAGCAUAGGAACCCCAACGAUGGAAAUGGAAGCCCUCGCAAUGGAACUUGCUCUGAAAGAUGCAGGAAUUAAGCCUGAGCAAGUUCAAGUUGUUGAAGCGCAUGGCACCGGAACGGCUUUGGGAGAUCCCCUGGAAAUUGGCGCCAUUUCAAAGGCAUAUUCCACUAAGGAGAGGGCUGCACCACUAAUUAUUACGGCGGGCAAAGCGAACAUUGGUCACACGGAGAGUACGUCUGGCAUUGCGGGAGUUAUCAAAAUGACGAUGGCCAUGAAACAUGGCGUCAUUCCGGAACAAAUCGGCAUAAGCAAAUUAAAUCCAAAAAUUAAUUUAGAAAACAUUCCCGCCAUUAUACCAAGAGAUUGCAACAUUCCUUGGCCUAAGGCGAAUGGCGUGUUAAGAAUUGCUGGGAUUAGUUCCUUUGGGUUCUCAGGAACCAAUACCCACAUAAUUGUGCAAGAAUGGACUAGUCAGGCAUUCAAUGAAAGCAUUCAGUCAAAACAAACCGAACAAGAAAAUCUCUUAACAAUCUCUGCAAAAUCGGAGCAAGCUUUACUCGAAUUAAUAGAGAACUAUAAGAUAUUUUUAUCGUUACAUCAUGACGUUACAAUUAGAGAUGUUUCAUACACGGCUAAUGUUGGACGAGCUAAGUUUUCACACCGGGUUGCAGUUCUUGCCAAAAACAGAGAUGACUUGGUGAACAAACUCGACAAAGAAAAUUGGUCACGAGGAAUAGCUGGAAAAUUGCCAAAGCUCUGCUUUCUCUUUACAGGCCAAGGGUCUCAAUUUUGGGGAAUGGGAAAACAACUGUACAUACAUUUUCCAGUUUUUAGAGAAAAUUUUGACUUAUGCUCAAAAAUUAUUCUGAAACUGAUUGGGCUUAAUAUCUCGGAUGCAAUAUGGGGAGAUUCUAGUAAACCUCAUCUCAGCAAAUCAAUGUACUCCCAAAGUUCAAUCUUUGUGGUAGAGUAUUGUCUCUUUAAACUGUGGGUUUCAUUCGGUGUCGUUCCUUCCGUCGUCGUAGGCCACAGUUUAGGAGAAUUUGCCGCCGCCACAGCUGCUGAUCUUAUCACCCUUGAAGAUGCUUUGUUGCUCGUAUGUGCAAGAUGCCGACUAAUUAAUAAGCUACCACCAGGAAGAAUGCUAGCAGUCGGCGUAGAUCAGAAAACCUGUAAAGAAAUAAUAUCUACAUUUCUGGAAGCACGAUCAAGAUCAGAUGACUGGAUCGACAUUGCUGGAAUGAACACAACCAAUCAGACUAUCGUAUCCGGUCCAACCACUGUUAUUCACGAUUUUGCGGAGUUUUGUGAAAAUAAUAGGAUUAAAUCAACCAAACUUGGGGCUACUCAUCCAUUUCACUCAAGAGGACUGGAUCCGAUAUUGAAGGACUACGCACAUGUUGCAAAAAAUAUAACGAAUCAGGAAAUACGGGGAGAUGAUAAGUGCCAAUUCAUAUCUUCCUUGGAUGGGGCUAUCAAGUCCCAGCUAAGCCUGCAAUAUUGGAUUUCCCAUGCCAGAAAUCCUGUCCAAUUUAUGGCAGCAAUGAAAACCUUGCAAGAAUGUAUUGCUGAUGAACCUUACGUAUUUCUUGAAGUCGGCCCACAUCCAGUCCUCUCUGCCCUGUUACAUUCGAACGUGUCCUACACGCCAAAAUGUAUUCCGUCCAUGAGAAGAGAUGCGGCGGAUGAAGUGCACAUUAUUCUUUCUGCCCUAGGAGGUUUAUUUGUAGAGGGUGUUACAAUAAAUUGGCAUAAUUUCUACCAAUCUUCUGGAUCCCGUCAGAAGGUAUCGAUCCCGUUCUAUCCAUUCCAAAGGCAUCCAUUUUGGUUUCCCUUCAAAUCAUGGUCAGUAGAUACCGCCCGCUGCAAGGAUAUACUCCAUCCACUUCUUGGAAGAAAAAUCAUUCCACAUCCAUCUUCAGAAGAGUCUAAUAUCACGCGGUAUGAAAACGUAAUAUCAACUGAGUCACACACAUGGACUCUGGAUCAUCGCGUUGGAAACUGGACAUUAAUGCCGGCUGCAGGGUUUCUAGAAAUUGCAUUAGCUGCUCAAAAUUUGCGGCAAGGCGAAAAUCCGUAUCCUUUAAUACUUGAAAAUAUGAAGAUCCAAUCUCCCUCCGUUAUUACGGAGGCUGGUGGCACAACCUACCACACUAUGCUAGACGAUGGAAACAUAAUAAAAAUUUACAGCCAAGUGGAGAAAGGAAAAUGGACCCUUAAUUGUACAACUUCGAUAUCACGGGAGCUAUUCCCAGUAUCCAAAUUUGCCCAAUCUCUUGUGGCAAACCAUCCAAAAUCCACUACUGAGACUCGUGAUAUGUAUGCAGAACUAGCAAAGUUGGGAUAUCACUUCGGACCAACGUUCCAAAGCAUCCAAUCAAUUUGGGAAGAUGACGGUUUGAGCCAAAUGGCAAAAAUCUAUAUUCCAAACAAUCACUUGGACGCAGGUGAGCGGGACGUCCUACAUCCGAUUUUAGCGGACAGCAUGAUUCAGUUGGCCAUGAUUCUAUCAGCGAAGGCCAAGUCGCAAGCUUCGUUUAAACUUCCUAUUGCCAUAGGACGUCUAAUUGUCAACAGUUCAACAAAAAAAGAACGCACAACUGAAUCGUACUCGACAUUCUACCUUAAAAUGCCUCCAGGCCUUGAAACGGUAUCGUUGUUCUCGUCAUCAGGGGAAUUUCUCGCAUGCAUGACUGGAGUUGAGUUCAUGCCAACAAACGUAUCCGUGUUGGAUAGAGCAAUUCAUUCCAUGCUGAAUGAAAAUGCACAUUGCCCAGUAUACGAACUCCAGUGGACCGUUGAUACAACUUGUAGGAAAUUUAUUGCAAACUCAAGCGAACUGAGGUCUGUGAAACUUCGCCUAGAUUCCGUGAUUAUUAAGCAAUCCGAGGUGGAUAUCAAAAACUUGCUAAGAUCGGACCAACUUAUUGGAUUACUUUUAUGGAGGGAAUUUGUGCGUGCCAGCUUCGAAGGUUUACAGCCACAAUUCAAACUUGCACAUUUUAUGUCUCAUUUUCGCAUUCUUCCACAAUUUCAAAAGCUGGCCACGCGAUAUCUUCAAAUUUUUGUUGAAGACGAAUACAUUUCCAGGCUAGGCAAUUAUUAUUUUACAGAAGGCAGACAUUAUGAAAGUUUACAGAGUGUUAAUAAAUCUGUGGGGAACCAUUUAAGUGAAGACCAACAUGAUUCACUGCUGCUAGAAAUACAAGCUGCUGUAGGUAAUGUCUUACCAACACUGCGAGGAGAGAAGGCGUUACUUGCUUUGCCUGAUGAUUUGAAAGAUGAACUUCUAUCUUCUGCUGAGACACUUUACACGGAACAUGCUUUCCAAAAAAUUGCUUACAAUAAUUUGAGGAAGGUUGUCGAAAAAAUUGUUUGCGGUCCACUAAACAUUUUAGAAGUUGGGGCCGGAACUGGUUGGGCGACCCAAUGUCUGAUUUCAGUCCUAGAAGAAAAAGGCCUAGACUUUUCCUACACCUACACCGAUGUUUCAUCAAAAUUUUUUAAAAAAUCUAAGGCUCAUUUUUCACAGUUUGAGGGCAAAAUGCAAUACUCAGUGUUGAAUAUCGAGAACGAUCCGAAAUCUCAAGGGUUUGUUCCCCACAAAUACGACGUAGUCCUUGUAGCUAAUGCACUUCAUAGAACUAGGGAUCUAGCACAAACGACUCGAAAUGUGGCUCAUUUACUAAAGCCUGGUGGUCACCUCUUACUUAUCGAGAUGUUCAAACCACAACGACUUUUGGACAUUAAUUUCGGCAGUGGAUUUUGGGAAUUUCAAGACUUUGACCUAAGGCCAAAUUAUUGUGUCAUUGAUUCCCGUGAAUGGGAAAACCUCUUGAGAACGUGUGGAUUCCAAGGUUUAACAUGCCUCUCAAGUUGGGAUGAUAGGUCUGGAUUAAUUGUCGCAAGUAAACAGACAGCAAUAAUUAAAUACGUAAACAUAUGUGCCAAGAGGAGGAAUUGGCUUAUUUUUGGGUUUAACGAUGAGUUCACCCAGGAUUUAAUUAACAAUCUACAAAUUUCUGGGGAAGCUGUCACUCUAAUUACUGUACGAAAUUCCAUGAAGACAUUCGAAGACAACAUCGAUACAGACGAGAACGAUGAAUCUGAAUAUGCACGAAUUUUAUCAAAGUUUUCCGAAAUACAUGGGAUAAUUGUCUUGUGGGGUUUAAAACCAAAUUAUUUUAAGACCGAGUCAAUCUUGGUUGUUAAUUUUUUGUGUCUUUUUCAAGCAAUUUCACGAUACUCGGGAAAACUGGCGAAAUUAUUUAUAGUGACGCACAAUAUUCAAUCAAUUAAUAUGAUUUCGGCAGAAUCUUAUAAAAAACCUACUUCUGCUUUGCUUGUCGGAAUGACUAAAACAUUUCAAUCGGAGAACGCCACCUUGGAGUGUAAAUUAAUUGAUCUUGAUCAUCAAAAUUCAGCUAAUGUUGAAAACGUUAUUCAAGAAGUGUGGCUAGACAUGAAGGAUGCGAGCAGUGACAUUAACGUUUGCUACCAUAACGGGGUUCGAUACACACAGCAAAUUUUUGAUUACAAACCGCAAACUAUGUACCAACCAUUGUCUCUACCAAAAUAUACAAACCGUACACAACUUCAACUUCCAGUCUCGAAAUCGAUUUUCAAUUUAGAGCUAAAAGAAUUGUGGACGAGUGAGUUGGAUGGUGACGAGUUAGAAGUGCAAGUUAAAGCUUAUUCAUUGAACUUUCGUGACAUUUUUGCGAUAUUAAAACCAACUGAAGCCUUUGAUAAAAUUAAUUGUGUUGGGGCAGAUUUUUCAGGAGUUGUUUCCCGCAUUGGGAAUUCUGUCUCCAAGUUUAAGCCCGGGGACCUCGUCUUUGGGUCCCAUAGCCAAAAUUUGGCAUUGGCGUCACAUGUCACCACUUCAGAGAAGCUUGUUGUAAAUCUACCUAACAACUUAACACAUGAGGACGCCUGUACAAUUCCACUGGUUGGAAUGACAGCUUAUCAUUGCCUUUGCACAGUUGCACAAAUCAGGGAAAAUCAUUGGGUCCUGAUUCACACAGCGUCUGGAGGAGUUGGACUAGCCGCCGUCCAGUUGGCCAAGAAGUUUGGAGCAAAAAUAAUAGCAACGGCGGGAAAUAAUAGAAAACGGGCAUAUCUGAAACAUAUUAUGGGAAUACAGUACGUAUUCAAUUCCAGAGAUUUGUCGUUUGAGGCUGGUGUGAAAGCUGCUACGGAGGGACUGGGAGUGGACAUUGUCCUCAACUCCUUAACAGGCAAAGGCUUCAAGGAAGCAAGUCUGGGUUGUUUGAAAUAUGAGGGCAAAUUCAUAGAAAUGAGCAAAAUCAAUGUUUGGACAUCAGAAGAUUGCCACAAGUUACGACCAGACGUGAAAUACUCAAUCGAAGACAUUAGCCCGAUUAUGGAUGAUCUUGACAAAUUCAAACGCUUAUUUUUACAAUUGACAAAUACACUUUUAGAACCACUGCCAUAUACUAGAUUUCAAGCUGACGAAGUGAAAGAUGCACUUUCAUUUCUUGAGAAAGCUAAGCAUAUUGGGAAGGUAGUUGUUGACAUGUCCAACAAGAAACCCUUCAACGACAGAAGCAGCUAUCUUGUAACUGGUGGUUGUGGCGGAAUUGGAUGGGAAAUUGUUGAAUGGAUGUUGCAAAAUGGUGCAAAAUAUAUCAUACUGAUGAGCAGAAAUCCUCCAAAUGCUGAACUGUUGGUUAAGAUUGGUAAACUAAAGGAAUCCGAUUUUUACGUGAUUUGGCGACAAGGAGACGUAGGGAACAUAAACGAUUGUGUGUCAGUAUUUUCUUGGAUCAAACAGCAAAUCGACAAAAAGCCUCUGAGAGGCAUAUUCCAUUGUGCUGGUUGCUUAUCCGACGCCUCAUUUGUUAAUCAAACCAAGCAAAGUUACGAAACUGCCUUGCACCCGAAGUUUCAGGGGGGAUGGAAUCUACAUGAACUCUCAAAACACUUAAAUCUUCAAUAUUUCGUUCUAUUUUCUUCUGCAUCAUCCCUUGUUGGAACUCCCGGUCAGAGUAAUUAUGCUGCCGGAAAUGCAUUUCUUGAUGCUCUUGCCCAUCACCGCCAGUCUGUCGGACUUCCGGCAAUCGCGUUAAACUGGGGGCACUGGGGUGAAGUGGGUUUGGCUGCUGGGCAGAAUAUUUCAUUCGUAAAACCAAUAUCAACGAAAGAAGGUUUAAAUUCGCUAAAUAUUGCUUUAAAGUCAAACAGUGUUCAACUUUGCCCUAUCCAUAUGGAUGCUGGAAAUCUGGUCAAGCUCAUUCCUUGGACCAAGAGUUUACUGCAAAGCAUACUAAAAUCCGAAGACACAAAUCGAAACAAAAUAAAUAGAUGGCACUAUAAGGAGAGUGUUAUAAGCUCUGAGCAGUUUUGGUCGGAGGUUAACGGUUGUCGUGAUAAAAUCCAGCAGAAUGCGGUCGUUCUAAGUCACGUGGAAAACUUAAUUUCUUUCGUCCUCCAAAUGGAUGGAAAGAAUAUUCCAAAAAAUCAAAACUUUUCUGAACUGGGUUUGGAUUCGUUGAUGAUGAUUGAGAUUAAAAACAGGAUAUCAACUCUACUUGGGGACAAAGUGGUGUUAAGCAUUAAUGACCUCACCGAUUGUGACACCCUGGAACGCCUCGCUAAUAAGAUUUCUGAGCUGUUGUCCCCAAAGGAUGAUGAAGGAUCUUAUGCUAAAGACGGUGCCAAUGAUCUAAUUACUCAAGACUCAAAGUUAUGGAAACAUAUUAAAGUUAACUCGACAACCAAACCAUGUACACCUCUUCGUGAAAUAAAGACCAUUUUCUUGACUGGAGCAACUGGGUCAGUUGGACCUUACAUGGUUCAGCAAUUGUCAUUAUGCCCACAAAUUGAGAAAAUAUAUUGUCUCGUUCGGUCCCGCCCCAACAGCACAGAGUCAACCAUGGCUCGACUACAGUCACGCCUAAAAUUCCUUGACCUAUGGGACAGUACAGAUCAAUCAAAAGUAACCGUCGUUGAAGGAGAUAUAUCACUUGAGAACUUUGGAUUGGAUUUAUCGAUGUAUGAGAUUCUUGCUCAAGAGGUGGAUGCCAUAGUGCAUUUUGCAAUUUAUACAGAUCAUCUCCAUGGUUAUGAGAGUUUGCCCUCCUUUAAAAGUGUUAACGUGGAAGGAACUCAGCGUAUUAUUCAAUUAUCCGCAGAACACAGGAUCAAAUGGAUCAAUAACGCUUCAUCCUUGACAUGUUUUCCACAAAAUUUGGAAAGGCUGAAACAAAUGGACUUGGAAGCUUGGCCAAAAAAUGAUGACUAUGACACGAACACAAGUUUUGGCUAUGGGAUUUCAAAAUUUAUUGGGGAGCGUUUACUUGCACAAGCUGUUGAAAUUGGUAUUCCCUGCAAAUCGUUUAGAUUUCCUGUUGUUUCUGGUGCGAGUUUGACAGGUAAACAAGACUUGGGUGGAGGCAGUAGCCACGCAUUAAAAAGGCUAAUUCACUUACUGAGUACCGGAAUCAUACCGGAAACAACUACACCCCUAAUUCACCUUCCGGCAGAUAUUUGUGCCAAAAUCUGCAUUUCGAUAUUUUUUAACGAAGAAGCGCCAUCAAGCAUGUAUAAUGUUGUUAACCCACACACAAGUCUGGAAAUUGAGCUAUUGCAAUUAGUACCCGAGCUUGGAACAAAACUAAUCAUUAUACAGUUGUACGGAUUUGCACUUAAAAAAGCUGGCUUUCACGAUAAGGAACUUUUUGUUUCACACUGGAUAACAACUUGCAAAGAAAAUGGCAUAAACUUGGAAUAUUUUAAGGAAAUUUUACUCGAAUUUAUAGAUGACCCUGGAAGAAUAUUUGAUAAUGAAGGUGUCGCAGAAUAUUUGAAGAGUCAGGAAUUCGAAGGAGACAUAGGUUCAUAUGACGAUUUCUUGGACUCCUUGAAAUCCUGUGAAAUGUCGCUGCUCCGACCUUACGUUGAUAUGUAUAAGCAAGGCGGGACAAUUUACAAUUUUGCACAGAUUAGUUCAAGCAUCCUCGAGACCGUAGGAGACAGAAUUGUGGAUGAGGGAAAAGUGUCAAAGUAUUUCCCUAAUCUAAAAGAAAUUGUACCAAACGGGAUUGAAUGCAUUAGGAACGACAUCAACUAUGCUAUAAUAAAUGGUGCACAUUUGUUUCAAACAAGAAAAUAAGUAUACCACGUUAAUAAGUAUGUAAAUGUUCAAAUCUAACUAGAUUUCAAAUGUGCUAACGUUGAAUGCGACACCUAUUGAAUAAAUAAUUAAAUUAAUGAAUUUAUUUGUAAUCAUGGACUCCGCUUACGAGCCAAAGAAGGUACAGGAAUAUAUAUGUACACAGGCAUUUAAAUGCAGGGUACUUAGGUUAGGAUCGGAAUAAUGUACAUAAGUAUGGAUAUUGUCUGCACUCUUAGAUAUCCGUUGCGAUUAUAACCGGAAAGUAAACGUAUAUGACUCUACCGCCGUGAUGAUAAUUUGUCAUCGAUUGGUUAUAAAUUUAUCACCAGUCGGUGAGAAACUUAUCAAAAUUGGCAAAAAGUUAUAACUCUUCGGUGACAAAUUUCUCAUCACGACGGCAGAGUCAUAUACGUUUACUAUAAUGGUACAAUCGUAACCGGAUUUCUUAGAGUGUGUGUAACUAAAACUAGGGAUUAGUGAAGAUUGAUUGGAAAAUUAUGAGAGAGGCUGCUAUGUUUUAAAAUAACUACAACAAUUUGUCGAAUAAGGGAUAAAUUUAAAUAUGGUUUUUGUUAUAUACGUAAACUCAAAUAUUUAUUAGUAAGAUAAGUACAUAUGUAUGUAUGUAGGUGCAUUCUUGUACAUUUAGGUGAACCAUUCGCGGAUUUAUGUAUGUAUUUAUAUGUUGAUGUAUAUGUGUACAUAUGUACAUACGCACGUAAAUAUACAUGUGAAUAAGGGUGAGUUCUAUCAUUUAUACUUCCUGAAAUAAAUUGAACAGAAUGCAUGCAGAAAUUGGAGUAAUGUCGCUUACAGAAUAAUUCAAGUUGAAGAAGUGUAAGUUACACUGUAACCAAUUAUGUCUCCCUCGGGUAAGGAUAUUACAUCUCGGGAAAGGUAUGUAUGUAUACCAAGAUAACCUUAAUUGUUGCAUAUGUACAUACAUACCAAAAAUUAUCCUUAUCCUACACAUAUCAAGCUUUUCACGAGUAACAUAAAACUACAAACCUCCUUUUUCGAUGGCGCAGUAUGUGGGUCUCUCAGAUUUUGCUAAACCAAACUCAUUUCGAAUGCUUAUUUCCGGAAACGAAGAUUGGAAAUUUCACUAAUCUUUAACCUGUAACAUUAUCAAGCACUCUUUUUAAUUCGUCCGCUCCAGAGCAUACGGCUUUACCCGCCCUCAUUGCAAUCCAAAUUUUCCCAUUAUAACUGAUUGUUAGUAUGAAUAUAGAGCAAAAUUUCUGGCAGAGACCAGGGCUAAUUCGUUCCACGGGAUUCCCGAAAAGUUCCCAUACAUGUAUAAUUCCGAUCAUCGUAGAAAUGAUACCAGAGCAUGUGGAAAUCUUGUUAGUUUGUGACUUUUAAUGGCGAAAGCUUUUUUGGCAUUUUUGCAGUCAGAUUAAUAAAUUUUUAAGCAAUAAAAAAUUUUUUUAUAUGCAUA